AUGAGGAGCACAAUCGCCAGAUCUUGGGCAAGUUUUGAGACGCUUAGCGACGACGACCCGACAACCAGCCCCUUCAACGGAAUUGCCAGUUCCAUAAUUCAAGAUGAGUACGUCCGAUGUCGAAACAUCGCACCGCGAUCCUCCGCACCGUCGAAUAACUUCAAACUAACAACCGCCACAGCUAAGGGUACCUCCAGCUUCGGAAAGCGCCACAACAAGACGCACACUCUGUGCCGUCGUUGUGGCAAGCGGUCUUUCCACAUCCAGAAGUCGACUUGUGCCAACUGCGGCUACCCUGCUGCCAAGACCCGCAAGUACAACUGGAGCGAGAAGGCUAAGCGCCGCAAGACCACCGGCUCCGGCCGCAUGCGCUCCCUGCGCGAUGUCCACCGCCGCUUCCUCAACGGCUUCCAGACCGGUACCCCCAAGGGUGCUCGUGGCCCCGUCACCAACUAG